AUGUCGGCUACCCUCCCAAGACCUUCGCGCCCAUCGAAUGGGCCGCCGACCAUGGCACUUCCCGCCUUACCUGUGGGCAAGACCCGCAAGAGCACCGGGGGGAUACAGACGCCUACGAGCAAACUGACGCCGAGUACUCCGAGAACCGGUCUUCGCGCCCCGUCAACCACCCUGCUUCCAGCAACACCGCCGCCGACUACCGCACUUCCCCAGCCCCGCAGUCUAUCUGGAAUCAAUGGGGCCGGCAAGACGUUACGGAAGACUGUCAGCAUCAACUCUUUCCCUCAGCCGCCCCGCGGCGAUAACCGAGUGACAAGUCUACCACCGAGCCCUCUCUCAGGCGGCCUGUCUCACAAAUCCAAAACACCGUCCGCUCCAAACUAUCACGUCUCGUCGGGGACGCCCAGCUUGCUGAACGGAACCGGCGAAGGCAAGGCUGUAGCUCGCGGGAGUACGAGGAAUUCGGACGGGCUCGUUAGUGUGUCGUCACCACCGCAUAGCCGGAGCUCGUCGGCCCAGGAUUCCUACUCGACCUCGGCCACCCAAUACGAGGAUAUGAUUGAUGUGGCCCAGCAGAAGCUCGACUCGAGUAGCAAACGGGCUUCAAAGACGGACGGCAAGGGAAAUGUAAUCGUCAGUGUCAGAGUACGACCAGAUGCCCCUGGCCAGGAGCAGGGCAAGGCGGACGGCGAAUGGAUGGUAGAUGGGAGGAAGUCGUUGAUAGCCAACCGGGGCAAGGAAGGAGGCGAUUACUAUUACGAUAAUGUUUUCGCAACCCACGACGAUAACUCGAGGGUGUACGAUCACAUCGCAAAGCGCUUGGUCCGAAGAGUAAUGGAAGGCUACCACGGCACCGUAUUUGCUUAUGGCAUGACUGGCACGGGAAAGACCUUCUCCAUGCAGGGAACGGCCUCAUCCCCUGGUGUGAUCCCACUGGCGAUUACCGACAUCUUCUCCUAUAUCCGGGAAACGCCCUCAAGGGAAUUUCUGCUGCGCGUCAGCUACCUGGAAAUCUACAACGAGAAGAUCCAUGAUCUCUUGAGCAUGCCGACUGGGAAUGCAGUUGGCGGCAACAUGGCGCAGGAGGAGAUCAAGCUGCGCGAGGACAGCAAGCGCGGCGUCUAUGCCAGCCCACUCAAGGAGGAGAUUGUUCAGAGUCCGACACAGCUCCUGCGCGUUAUUGCUCGUGGCGACCAGGCUCGUAGGACGGCAAGCACCCAGUUCAACGCCAGGAGCUCAAGAAGUCAUGCCGUAGUGCAGAUUGUUGUUGAGAGCCGAGAACGAAUCCCCGGGAAUCCCGCCGGCGAUAACAAACGAUCAGGCCUUUUACCUGGAGGAGUCAGGGUUUCGACUCUGAGCCUCAUCGACCUGGCAGGUUCGGAAAAGGCCGCCGAGACGAAGGAGCGUCGGACCGAGGGCUCUCACAUCAACAAGAGUCUGCUGACCCUGGGGACUGUCAUCGCCAAGCUUUCCGACACUAAGGAUAAGGACGGAAAGGCGAGCGAUAAAGACGGGAAGCACCUGCCAUACAGGGACAGCAAAUUGACCAGGCUUCUCCAAGGCGCGCUGUCGGGAAAUUCGCUCGUUAGCAUUCUUUGCACAAUCCAGAUCGGUGCUGCGGCGAGCAUGGCAUUGGGGAACACCCAUACCGCGGAGACGAUCAAUACCCUCAAAUUUGCCUCGAGAGCAAAGAACAAUAUUGUGAGCCACGCUAAGCGGGCAGAGGAGGCUCUCGGUAGCGGCGGCGACGGUGGUGCGAGAGUGCUGUUGGAACGCUACCGCAUGGAGAUCGUCGAGCUGAGGAAGGAGCUCGAGACCCAGGCCAAGAACAAUAGCAAGAAAGACGACGAGGAGGAGAAGGUCCGAGAUGCCGAGGAGGAACGCGCCCGUGAGAAGGAGGCUGAGCACCGGCACGAAGAACAGAUGCUGGAGAUGCAGCUUGCCCGAACAGCGCUCAAGGAGCGGAUCGACCACCUCAACCGACUGAUUCUGAGUUCGAAGUCGAUCGGAGUGAACGCAAGUGGUUCGUACAGCUCACUCGGCAUGCACCCACGAUAUUCCCAGGGAUCCAUCAGAUCUUCCGUGAUGACAACCAACGGGGGGAGACCAUUGCUGGAGAGGACGUCAUCGAUGACAUCGACGUCGACAAUUGGGCGAGGGUCGAGCGGACAGCGAAACUCGAGUGGCGCCGAGCAACCUUCAGCAGACGACGAGGACAGCCUCGGCGAGUUUGGAGACGGGACAGCUUCGUUGGCGGCGCAAAAUCGUGCGUUGCAGGCCGACGUGGCAGACAAGAACCGGUACAUCCAGACUCUGGAGAAGAGGCUCUUGCAGGCUCGUCGUGCUAGCCAUUCUAGGACAUCGGUCGGAUUGUCGUCGACUGGCAAGGCCAUCAUGGUGGGUGAAGACCACAGCGUUUCAGCUCUUCUGAAGGACAAGGAUGCAGAGAUCGCAGAACUCCGGGCACGGCUUGAUGACAAGGACCGAAUGCUGGGGGCGCUCCGGAGUGCGGCUCGCUCGCGAGAUACUGCAGAUCGUGUAGAAUCGCGGUCCGAGAUCCGCGCAUCACAAGUACUGGGUCAGCCACCGAACUCGGCCGGACCGACGAGCCCUUCCAAGGCACCUCUGGCGAAGCAGGUGUCAGAACUUCGGAAGCGGACGAAGAGCGUAGACGAGAUGAGCAAGAUGCUAGACGAGAUGAUCCAGGACAGGGUCGAAAGCGGCGAAAUAGUUCGAGGGAGCCGCGGCAGUGUCAGGGUUGCCCCCAUUGACCGCCCUGCGGAAUCGUCAAGCGACCCUCCAAUCCAACUCCAGCUUUUGUCAAAGCAGCGGCCAUCGUUGCUGAACGAGGCAAAUCCGGUGGCAUUGGAGGCGUGA